AUGGAAAAUGUCAUGAAUGCGGAGAACAAAACAUUAAAUCUGAGUGGUGUCCAAACUGCAAAAAUCUAUAAGAUUUUGAAAAAGGCUGGUGGAAUAGGGAGUGAUGUGGGCUGUAGUCCAGGAGGAAGUGAUGAGAGGUUAGAAAUGUUAACACGACAUUCUGAAGCAUAUGAUAUUAGUCGAUCAUUAAAUGAACAUAUCAAUACUGCAACAUUACUUUCAAGAGAUAUUAGAGAAGAUGAUUUAGCUAUUGAAUGGCCAGAUUCUUGUUCAAUAACAAUUAAUGCAAUCAGCGAAGAAUUAGAAAUAAAUAACUCUAAUUUACGGUGA